UUUGAAACACCAACAUUUCACAUAGAAAGAAGUUAAUAAAUAUAUAUUUAAUUUUUCCAAUUUCCAUUUCCACAACCAAUUGUGUUUGAGACUUGAGAGCCAUGUUGCCGAAUCUGAAGACGCGUCGCAUAACGGGACUGCAGCUGGCCGGAAAGCAUUUGGGACCAGUGGCCAAAUGUCCGCCCCGCUACUCCGAGGAGGAUUGGGACUACAACAACAAAAUUAAGUUUCGCAUAACAUGCGAUCAGGAGAAGCUUGCGGAGCGCAUUGUGGAGGAGUCCCGUCGCGUUGUGGAUGAGACGAAGGACACCACCAAGAAUUGGCAGCGCGAGGUCGAGCACCACAUGCGUGAGCGCACGAGCGAGAUUCGGUUUCUGGUGGACGAGCUGAAUCGUCAGAAGAAGACGGCGCUACUGGAGGACGAGGCGCUCAACACCUAUCGCAAUCGCGUGCUGAACGCCAUCGAGUUCUUAAAGGAGAAGUCCCUGGCGAUUUGCAAACAGUGUCUGAUCAUGCGGGAGGGACGCAUUGGUGUCGAUUUAUGCGAUGAUGAGGUGGAUCGUUCGCUGCGUCGCGAACUGAAGGUCAUUAAGGGCUGUCAGGGGCUGGUUGAUGCGGCCUUGAAGGAGGCUGAGGAGCAGAUACGGAAGCUGCGCGCUGCCAUGUACUUGCUGGACCAGGAUCUGGCCGCGAAAGACAAAUCACUGGCCAUUGAUGAGAAGAAUCUGAAGCUAAAGGAGUUUCAACACGAUCUGGGCAAGGGACAGGAUCUGUCCAAGCAGCAUUGUCAAUUUUCGCUUACUGAGUGGCAGGCCCAGACCUACGAGAAUCUGGAGGCGAAUGCCAAGGCUCUGGUCUCGGCCGGCCAGUUGCGUGCCUACAUCGAUUUAUUAUUGAAGCAGGUCUGCGAGGACAUGCAGAACCAAACUGAUCGCACCAAUGAGGCCUUCGAGCGUCGCAUUGCGGAGACAAAGCAUGUGAAGCAAUGCCUGGAGAACAAGCACAAGGACACCAUGGAUCAUAUACAUCAGGUGCAGCGGAAUAUGACCGAUCUGGAGAAGGAGAUGAUGGACAAGCAGCGUGCCAUCACGCUCUGCCAGACGCGUCUCAGCAAUCGCGCCCAUCGUCCCGGUCUCGAGCUCACCUGCGACAUGGUCCAGGACGCUCUCUACAAUGAGCUGCAGGCCCUCAAAGCCUCUGUUUGCAAGCUCAACCAGAAGCUGAACGAGAACAAGGCCUCCAUGCGGUAUCUGAUGCAUGUCCAGGUCAUGCAGGAGGAGGAGAUUAAUAUAAAGGCGAAUACUUGCAAAAUUGACGAGGUCGAUUGCAUGACCUUGCGCCAGGCACUCAAAUAUCAGUCGUUCUAGGAUCAAAUUUCCCCUACCAACAACAACCAUAAUGAUAACAACUUGUAGUAAUCAGCGCACACAGACAUACAUGUGUGUAUUUAUUGUGCAACUUUAAUUAAAAUUAAUUGCAUUGCA